AUGAUCGUCUCCCUGCGGGGCAUGGUCGCCAUCGAGCUGGCGACGCAGCUACCAGACAUGAUCUGGAACCUACUAUCCGGAAUCGAAGACUCGUAUCAGGACGAGCAAGACAAUCGCCCCUCGUCGCCUCUCAUCACCAACUACGUCCAGCCACUGGUCCUGGCUCACCUGCCCGGCCUCGUCAAGAAGUACAUGAACGAGCAAGUCGACACAAACGACAUCAUUGGCAUCGUAGAGAACAACGUCAUCGAGGAAUGCGACUAUUGCCUAACAUCGAUCAGAGAGGCCAGAGACGAAUGCCUCAAGGAGAUCGCGGCAGCCGGGACGGACGCGUGCGACCGGCUGCGGGACGUAUACUGCGACGGCGACGAUAUCCGCGGCUUGAUGCCCGAGGAGAGUCUGGGCAUGGGUGCGGAGCGGACUCCCCCGCUCGGGCCCGGGCUGCCCCAAGGAUCCAGCAGCCCGGGUAGCUCGUUCAGAUUCAGACGGCGUAGACUGGGAAGACGGCAGGUGGACGGAGUCGAGCCCGUGCUGGUGGAGCAAACGCAGCCAGACGGGAACCAUGGCCAGCAGGAUCCCGGCGCCCAGCUGGUGUGCGAGGCGAUGACUACGAAGAACGACGAUAUGACCGAUGAAGACGACACGAUUAACGAAGAAGACGACACGGCUGAUGAAGAAGACGAUAUGCAUGAUGGUGAGGACGGCAUGACUGACGAAGAAGACGACGCCACGGCUGGACACGGUGACCUCGGUCCGACUACGCUCGGAGAUUAUGAGCCAGGACGGCAAGACGAGCGAAAUCGGUUGCACGAGCUGGUUCAAAAUGGCAGCAUCAACGCCGCUGGCAGAACGGGACAUGACACUGCUGCACCUGCACCACCGGUUUCGACAUUAUCCAUGCACCCAGAGAUGAUUGACCAGGGAGACGGCGAUAUUGACGUGGAUGAUGAAGUAGAAACUGUAUCGAUGCACCUACAGACGACUAACCUAGGAGAUGACGACAUGUGUGAUCAAACAGAAACUGGUUGCAGUCCGACCCAGGAGGAUAGCGGCAUGAGUGCUCGUGUGGAGGCUUAUCGCAGACAACUUUACGUUUCGGCUUCGACAGUCGAGGCUAGCACUGCUCGGUUGAGAAGUCCCGAAGUCUGGCAACAAGAAUCCUUUCUAUCAAGGCUGGACGUGCAGACUGGCGGAAACGUCCGAUCAGCCGCCUCUGCGCAAGCGAAUGAGGGCAGCUGCAGCGGCACCCAGUUUCAGUAUGCGCAAGUUGUCGAUAGCCGUUUCUCCGUGCCUUCGGAUCGGUCUUCUCAGGCCCAGCCGGACACGGAGUUGAGGAGAAGAGAGGAUCCUUGA